AUGAAGUCAGCCGUUUCAUUUUUAGCGGCCUCGCUCGUCUCCGCCGGUAGAGCUCCGACCUCGGACGGGUUAAGGGAACUGGACAUCAUCUCCGAGCGCAUCGACCGAGCCAUCAGCUUCGGGGUCGAGCCCUUCCACCCGGAAUACGCGCACUUCGACGCGAAGAAGCAACGGCUGGACAACCUCUUCCGGCGGCUGAAAGGACGAGCUAGACGAAUCGACGGAGUCUGCUGGCCCGAGACACUUUUCGACGAAGAGGAAGAAGUCGAAGAAAGAUCUGUGGAUGUGUGCACUGUUCUACCCAGAUUGGUGAAAAGAGUCAAGCCACGUGGUUGCAAAUUUAAAAAGAGAUACCCUUAA